UGGGGACUCUCUUGGGACCUUCCCUCUCGUCCCUCUCUUUCUAUCCCAACCUUUCUCUUGCUCCUUCUAAUUCCUUGUGAGAUUCUUGAACUUUGAUUGAACCUUUGAGAUUGAGUUGUGAUGCACCCUCUCACGCACUGGGUGAUUGAUUCAGGUUGCACCAGUCACAUGACCCCACGGGCAGAUUUGCUUGAUGAGGUAAAACCCCCUGGGAAGAUUAAGUAUGUGGCAGCAGCGUCAGUCAAGAAAGUGCAGAAGCAGCAGACACAUGGUGAGGUGCUUGCUGGUGUGGAUGCGAGUGCGGCAUGGGCUAAGGCUUCACCAAGGAGUGGAGAGGCCGAUUGGGAGACAUGGCAUGAGAGGCUGUGUCAUGUGAACUUCCCUAUGCUGCAGAAGUUGGUGAAGGAUGGGAGCCUGAAGGGCUUGGAGGUCGCCCUUGUGAAGAACAGGGUGCUGGCUACAGUUGGAGAUAAGGAGUGGAUCCCAUAUGUCAAGUGGUAUGGGAGUGCUCCAACUGUGAACAUGCUGAGGGCAUUUGGGUGCAUGGUGGUGUUUCAUGUGCCUAAGGAGAAAAGGGGGAAGUUGGAGGCUUCUGGAAGAUGGGGUGUGCACUUGGGGAUUGCAAAGGAUCACAAGGGGUGGCUGCUAUGGGACUUGACCACCCAGAAGUUGACACUGUCAAGGGAUGUGAAGUUUCUUGAGUCCCUGUACUACAAGGAAUGGAAGCAGCAGCAACAGAAGCUUCCAUCUACACCGCUCAUUGUGGAGGCAGAUGAGGUGCAGCAGCCUUCAAGACAGGUGGAGGUUGCAGUGUCAGAGGAGGAGAUGUCUGGGGUGACUGAGGAAGGGGGAGCAGCUGAAGUAGAGCAGCAGCAGCAGCAGCAGCAUGAGUCUCCAUCUCGAGUUCCACACCCGCCUGAGCGACCUAGGAGGGAUGUGCGCCCUCCGGUGAGGCUGACCUAUGGGGGAAGAGGCAAGCCAAAUGUGGUGCAGGCUGGGAGUGUGGUUGAGCAGAUUGAGGAAGAUGAGAUCGCUCACUGCUACUGGGCACCAAUCCCUGAGCCCAAGACUCGAGAGGAGGCCUUGAAUGGACCAAAUGGGGAGAAGUGGAAGGCGAGUGAGGAUGAGGAGUUCGGGUCCCUGAUUGAAAACGAGACAUGGGACCUGUGUGACUUGCCUCCUGGAAAGAAGGCAAUCACUUCCAAGAUGAUCUACAGGCACAAGUAUGGACCUGAAGGGGAGCUGACCCGCUACAAGUCUAGGCUUGUGGCACGGGGGUUUCAGCAGACAAAGGGGAAGGACUAUGAUGAGGUGUUUGCUCCUGUGGGGAAAGGAACAACACUGAGGGUGCUGUUAGCGAUAGCUGCACUCCUGGGAUGGAAGAUACGGCAGAUGGACAUUGUGACAAUGAGUCCGCUGUGAAGCUCGCCAAGAAUGCUUGUCUGCAUGGGCUGACAAAACACAUAAGGCCUAAGUGGCAUUGGGUGAGGAGACUCCUUGAUAAGGAGGUGCGGCUGGAGAUAGUGAAGACCCAUCAGCAGGCAGCAGAUAUUUUCACCAAGCGUCUGGCGGAGGCGGAUCAUUGGAAGGGCAUGAAGCUUGCUGGGAUGAGUGUGCAUUGAGUAUGCAUGCUUGAGAUGUGGUAUGGUGGAUGAUGGUUGGCAGCCAGAGGGGGAGAUUGUUGUGUGAUGUCAUCAUAUGCUAUCACAUUCUGUCUGCCUCCCAUCCCAUGUUUUCAACUUGCAUGUGUGGUUUGAAUGUGAAAGAAUUUGUGUGUGGUGUGUUCUGGAGUUUGGGAAUGUGUUCUGUGUUAUUUUUGUUGGAGCAGGUAUUUUGAUGAUAGAUCUUGAGAAGAUCUUU